UCUGAGAACACUCCUGCCCACCCCGCCUUUUUGGGUUUUUCUAUUAUGGCCUCCCGGUGAUACACACGACGCUCUGGGUGUGAAGGAGCAAUUCCACCAUUGCUGCCCAGAGGAAGCUGCUGGGAGUGGGGAGAGAGAGAGGCGUGGAGAGGAACGUACAGACCGAGGGGGAGGUUUCCCAGGACCAGAUAUCGAGACUGCACCGACUGAGGAUGGCUGACAGUUCAUCUCAGUCGGAGCCCCUGGCUUAUCAAGAACUCAACGACGACUUCAAGAAGCCGACCCUGCAGGUCCCCCCAGUGGUGCGGGGCAAGGCUCCGGCCACCAAUCCUUCAAACCCUGAGGAGGUGAAGAAAGAAAAGCUGCUGGCGCUGCUGGACCCCGAUUCCGGGGAGCCUGACGUCCCGCCGGCCCGGCCGGACAGCGGGGAGAUCAGGAGUCCACCGGAGGAGCAGCCGCGGCCCCAAACAGCGGCUCCUUCUCCUGGAGGCGCGGCCCGGGCUCCCUCUUACCAAGAGCCGCCGUGGGGCGGCCCCGCUACUGCCCCCUACAGCCUAGAGACUCUGAAGGGCGGCACCGUCCUCGGCACCCGUAGCUUAGAAGGGACGAGUUACUGCCUUUUCGGGAGGCUGUCCGGCUGCGACGUGUGCCUGGAGCACCCUUCGGUGUCUCGGUACCACGCGGUGCUGCAGCACAGGGCGUCCGGCGCCGAUGGAGAAUGCGACGGCCGUGGGCCGGGCUUCUACCUCUACGAUCUAGGAAGCACCCACGGCACUUUUCUUAACAAAACCCGCAUCCCACCCCGCACUUACUGUCGAGUCCACGUCGGGCACGUACUUCGCUUUGGAGGCAGCACCCGGCUCUUUCUUCUUCAGGGACCAGAGGAAGACCGAGAGGCGGAAUCCGAGUUGACAGUAACGCAAUUGAAGGAACUGCGCAAGCAGCAACAAAUGAUGUUGGAGAAGAAGAUGAUAGGAGAAGACUCAGAUGAAGAAGAGGAAAUGGAUCCCGCUGAAAGAAAGGGAAAUACUAGUAGUCAAGAUGAAGAAGUGGGCUGCACCUGGGGAAUGGGAGAAGAUGCUGUAGAGGAUGAAGCUGAAGAGAACCCCAUUGUCUUAGAGUUCCAGCAGGAAAGGGAGGCCUUUUAUAUAAAAGAUCCAAAGAAGGCUCUCCAAGGUUUUUUUGACAGAGAAGGAGAAGAAUUAGAAUAUGAAUUUGAUGAACAGGGACAUAGCACUUGGCUCUGCAGGGUGAGAUUGCCUGUGGAUGAUUCAACCGGAAAACAACUGGUGGCUGAAGCCAUUCACUCUGGAAAGAAAAAAGAAGCGAUGAUCCAGUGCUCACUGGAAGCUUGUCGAAUCCUUGAUACUUUGGGAUUGUUGCGGCAGGAGGCAGUAUCUCGGAAAAGGAAAGCCAAGAACUGGGAAGAUGAAGACUUUUAUGAUAGUGAUGAUGACACGUUUCUUGAUCGCACUGGCUUGGUUGAAAAGAAGCGUCUGAACCGCAUGAAGAAGGCUGGGAAGAUUGAUGAGAAACCAGAGACCUUUGAAUCACUGGUUGCAAAAUUAAAUGAUGCUGAAAGGGAACUCACUGAAAUUUCUGAGAGACUGAAAGCCUCAAGCAAAGCUCUCUCAGAGUCGCCAUCUCAGGACUCUUUAGAUGCAUUCAUGUCAGAAAUGAAAUCUGGCAGUGCAUUAGAUGGUGUGUCUCGGAAGAAACUUCACCUGAGAACUUUUGAACUGAGAAAAGAACAACAGAGACUUAAAGGGUUGAUAAAAAUUGUAAAGCCAGCAGAGAUUCCAGAACUGAAAAAGACUGAAAGUCAGGCUACAGAUGCAGAAAACAAAGCUAAAAAGCUUACAUUGCCUCUCUUUGGUGCCAUGAAAGGAGGAAGCAAAUUCAAAUUAAAAACUGGAACAGUAGGGAAGUUACCCCCCAAGCGUCCAGAACUCCCUCCAACUCUGAUGAGAAUGAAGGAAGAGCCUGAAGUAGAAGAGGAGGAGGAAGAGGAAGAGGAAGAAGAGAAAGCAAAGGAGGAACAUGAAAAGGAAAAACUGGAGGCCGGGAGCAGUAGGCUGCAGCAGGAGACAGGGCCAGAAGCAGCGCCAGAAAUGAGUCUUCUCACAGAUCUCUCACGUCCUAAAGAAGCAAAAAACCAUGAAAACAUGUCUCAACUCAGCCUAGUAGAGCAGAAUAAAGAUUAUCAAGAGGUUAACGAAACAACUGCAUCAUGUGAGGAACCCUCAGAGAAUGAACAGGAGAAAAGCAGAGAUGAACCGAAGAAAAAGAAAGCUCCUGGUCCAGGCAGCCUUCCGCCAAUACUUUCCUCCAAAUAUCCAGAAGAUGACCCAGACUACUGUGUGUGGGUGCCCCCUGAAGGCCAAAGUGGAGAUGGCAGGACCCAUCUUAAUGACAAAUAUGGCUAUUGAUUUCUUCAGAAUCCUAAAGGAAGACCUUGUGGACCAUGUGACAUGGGAUAUCUAGGACAAUAUACUAAGUUGAAUGUCCAGAGGAGUUCAGAUGAUCAUUUGUAGAAUCUGGUGACUGCCUUUUCUUCUAUGCCCUUGGCUUCCUAAAUUUAUCUACCCAUCUGAUUCUCUUGAAUUUGGUAUUUAUGUUUAAAAGUGUUUGUGUAUGUGUGCAAAAAAGUAACCAUAUAUUUUGAGAACUGGUAAAGUUAGAGACAUGACUCUAUUAAAAUGAGAAGGUGAAAAUGUCUCAUAUUUAUUUAA